AUGCAUCAUCAACUCAAAUGGCUUUCCAAUGAAGGGAAAGUGAAUGCUCUCACAAUAAUGCAGUGGAGUUGUUAUGUGUCAUCAUCAUGUGUUUGGCCCUCCAUACAAAAGUGCUUCAGGAAAGAAGUGAAGCCAUUUACUGCUUGGACCCAAGGUGCACCAAGCAACACAAAGUCUUCUGAUCAUGCUGUAAUGUCAGAUUCAUACUCUGCUGCAAAUGCUAAAGUUGAUAAGAGUGCCUUUUCACCUGAGCUAACCAAAAUUGAGAAACAGUGGCAACUUGUUACCAUUUUGCCUACUCACAUUGGAAAGAAUAUGACUUUUGAAGCCAUAGACAAAGCCUUCGCCAAAAGAAAGAUAGUUUACUCCCUUACCGUACAAGAGCUGGUUGAUGAUUUUGCAAGAUUGAUGACACUAAUUCCUUUGGGUGGUGUAGGCUGUUUCUGUAAAGUGCUUGUAACCUUAUGUUCUACAUUGAUGCGAGAACGAAUUCCUGAAUAA